AUGACCGGCCGAUCGCCCUCGUCCUCCGGCUUCCUCCCGAUGCCCGGGUCGCCGUCUUCGUCGUGGUCGCUGUACCGCGCCCGCGUUUCCGCGCUCCUCCGACAUGCCGACACGCAGGUCGUCGUGGCCUUUUGGUUUCUCGGUCUCAUCAACAACGUCCUCUACGUAAUCAUCCUCUCAGCAGCCCAGGACCUCGUCGGAUCCUCGGUACCCAAGGGCGUCGUCCUGCUCGCCGACGUGCUGCCGUCCUUCUUCACGAAGCUCGUCGCCCCUUACUUCAUCCACCGCGUGCCCUACGCCCUGCGCGUGCUCGUCCUCAUUGCCCUCUCGUGCACCGGCAUGCUCCUCGUCGCCCUGACGCCGCCCGGCCGCUCCGUCGCCGUCAAGAUGGUCGGUGUCGUCAUCGCCAGCCUCAGCUCGGGCGGCGGCGAGCUCAGCUUCCUCGGCCUGACGCACUACUACGGCCCCGCGAGUCUGGCGGGCUGGGGCAGCGGCACGGGCGCCGCGGGGCUUGUCGGUGCCGGGCUGUACGUCCUCAUGACGGACUGGUGGGGAUUCACGGUGCGCAGCAGUCUUCUGUUCUCGGCGUGCCUGCCGUCCAUCAUGUUCGUUAGCUUCUUCGUUGUGCUGCCCAAGGGACCCCUGCGUGCGGGCGGUGGGAAGGGGUAUGCGGCGGUGCCGGAGCGGGACCUCGACGACGAGGACGUCGGGGAGAUGCCGCGCGACGCGGCGUCUUCGGCGCUGCUUGCACCGGGCCCAUCGGUCACUUCGGCGGCGUACUCGGCGCAGCAGUCGGGGCAUCAUCAUCAUCACCAGCGUGAUAGCAGCUUCGCCCACAACCUCGCGAGGGCGAGGGCGCUUUUCUUCCCGUACAUGCUGCCGCUGCUGCUCGUGUACGUGGCCGAGUACACGAUCAACCAGGGCGUGGCGCCGACGCUUCUAUUCCCGCUGGCGUCUUCGCCGUUUACCGAGUUCCGCGAGUUCUACCCGAUGUACGGGUUCCUGUACCAGCUGGGCGUAUUCAUCUCGCGGUCUUCGACGCCCUUCUUCCGCAUUCACCGCCUGUACCUGCCGUCGCUGCUGCAGGUCGGCAACCUCGCGCUGCUGACGUCGCACGCGGUGCUGGACUUCCUCCCGUCCGUGUAUGUCGUCUUCGCCGUCGUCUUCUGGGAAGGCUUGCUCGGGGGCGCCGUCUAUGUCAACACGUUCGCCGAGAUCAUGGAGACGGUGCCGAGCGAGGACCGCGAGUUCAGCCUCGGGGCGACGAGCGUCAGCGACAGCGGCGGCAUCUGCAUCGCGGGGUUCUUGGGCAUCUUGCUGGAGGUGCAGUUGUGCAACUGGCAGGUGUCACAGGGGCGGGACUGGUGUCGCCAGAUCAAGGUCGGGUGA